AUGAUAUGUGUUUACAGAUAAUAUCAUAGUCGAAAUUAAAAGGAGAGAGAGAUUGAAUUUAGAAAAAAGAGAUAUUUUCCCUAAGGUAAUCGGAUUAAUUAAAGAGAAAAAAGAGAGAAAACAAUACUAAAAGAUUUAUUAAUAAAAUAGAGAAUAUCACAUAGUACUUUUAGAGUUAAAUAGAAAAGAUAAUUUAAUGGAGAGUGGAAAAAAUAAAACUUUUCUAAAAUAAUAACGUAAUAAAAGAAGGAUGGUAAAAAGUAUAUGAUACUAUUAAGAAAAUCCCAGAAAGAUUUAAAAUUAGUAUUAAAGUUAUUUUUUGGAUAAUUUUGA